CGUGUGAAAUGAGAUCCAACCCGUUCUCCUGCGCGCCCGGACCGCCUCAACCUGUUACCGACGGCAGACGCGGGCGUCGGAGGCGCGCGGAUCAGUCGGUGCCACCACCGACGACGUCUCACCUGUUCGCCUUCAAAUUGACGCGCUCCCGCGCAGCCGGACGCGGCGCGCUCGCUCGUCAACGCCGUGCGUAAUAACUAGCGCCAUGCACGGAGGUCGGAAGUACGCCCCCACGCGCUCCGCGGUCACGGACGACUCGCCGCUGUCCGUGCAGGCCGUCCACGUCCACAGGUCCGCGGGGACGCCGAGCGAGCCGCCGGAGGCGACGUGGCCGCCGCCAGGUGCGAAAAUGCGCAACUCCAAAGGCGGAGUGGUGCGAGCCGCCCGCAGGAACGCGUCUCCGCAGCCGGCCAGCCUGGAGAGUCUGGAGGCGGCGUGGAGCAAGGCGAAAGCCCACGACAGCUUCCCGAACCCCCAGAGGCGGAACAGCGAGGCGAGCCCCGCCGGGAACCGGGUCGAGGGUCCGCCGCGCGGCAAGAAGAAGGGCUUCAGACCCCCUGACGUCAGAACCAUCUUCACGCCCGGGGAGAGGGACCCGAGGGUGAAGCAGGAAACCGGCGCGGGCCACAGCUUCGAGCCCGGGGUCGAGGACAGCUGGUGCGAUCACUGCUGCAGAUACGUCUUCCAGCAUGGCCUCACCUGUACAGGCUGUAAGUACACGUGCCAUGAAGCCUGUCUCAACCAAGUGUCCCUGGAUUGUAACUCUGGAACUUCACUCAUCAGCCAGGAUCAGCUCAACAACAACACACAGGUCCACGAUGUGGAGAAGGACAGGGAGCUGCGGACUGAGUUCAGCACGGAGGAGAUCAGGCAGAUGAUUGAGAAGUACAACAUGCUGACCAAAGACCUGCUGAAAAUGACCCUGGGUCCUGCUGGUGUCUAUACUGGUUUCAUCAAGGUCCAGAUGGAUCUGCGAAGGCCGGUAACGGUGCGGGGCCGCCAGACAGGAGCAGGAGGAGCGCUGGUGGAGGAGGCUUUUUAUCUGCCCCGAGGAGUCCUCAACACCCUCCACAUCAGCUCCAAUAACACAGUCAGACAGGUGAUCGUCGCCCUGCUGAACAAGUUCACGGUCGCCGACAACCCGGCCAAAUACGCCCUGUACAAGCGCUGCCACCGAGAGGAGCAGGUGUAUGUGUGUAAGCUGGUGGACACCGAGCAGCCUCUGUUCCUUCGUCUCAUGGCUGGGCCCGACCCGGACACGCUGAGCUUCGUGCUGAGAGAACAACAGACUGGAGAGGUCAUGUGGGACGCGUUCUCUGUCCCGGAGCUGAGGAACUUCCUGCGGAUCCUGGACAAAGAAGAGCAGGAGCAGCGGGAGGCGGUGAUUCGCCGUUACAGCCUGUACCGUCAGAGACUGCAGGAGGCGCUGGUGGAGGCCCAAGGGCCAAGCUUCCCAAAGGAUUUAACUGUAUAAGCACGAUGCUGAUGGAGGACCGUUUUGUAAGGCUUAACGAAGAGGGGGGGCGUGAACGCAGAUUGAACCGGGAGAUUCCAGCACCUGGAUGGGAUGAUGCAGACUGACCGAUGGAUGAUAUAAAACACAGUAAGAGGACAGAGAAACUGAAAUACAGCAAGUGAAGGACAGGAAAAAGGAGAAAAGGACAAGUGUUAAGCUGGACUUCAAACUGCUGCUGGCUCUGCAAACACAAAGAUUCACUCUGCCUGUGCCAUAGUCCUCCGUCUGCUCUCCCUCUCUCCCUCCUUCUCGUUCCCCGUCUGUCCUGCUGUCACCUCAUUGAUGCAGGUUUUCUGAUUCCUCCGCGUUCCACACCAAACUGUUUAUUCUUAAACUCGUGAACAACUCGGCGCCAAAUGUGCAGUUAGAAAUUAAUUUAAUUUGUUUUACAGAUCUGUGCAUAUUUUUUUAUUUAUAUGGGUGAAGCGUUUUGUUCUCUUUAUAAAACAAAGUCUUAUUUGAAUUUUUUCUCGAGCUGGAACAGCAUCGGUUGUUGACACAGAUGCAGAGAAUAGUUCAAACUUCGGAUAGAGGUAAACACACAACAUGAGUCAGAAACCACCGAGCAGAAGGUUGAGCAGAUUGAAACAAGAGGGUGUGGUCGACCGUUUUGACUAAAAGAGGAUAAAUGAGUGAAGUAUCUAUACAUGAGAAAGGAGGAUCCAAGUUUUAGAAAAGGUAAACGGGUGAAGUAGGUUAGCUAGGGAGAUAUCGAUAGAUGUGACCUCUGCUUGGUCGGAGGAAGGAGAAAUGAAAAUAGACUAGUUUCUGUAAGUUGAAUUAAGAAGGACACAGGAAGUAGAAAAGGAACCUUAGAUGGAGGAAGGAAAAUGAGUAGAUGGAUCAGAGCAGAGGAGGAAAUCUAAGGGACGAGUGUCGUAAAAGCAGGAUGAGAACAAUGAUGGGAUUUUCCUCAAACCAAAAGUUAUCAUGAUUAAGAGCUUGUGCAAGUUUUGCGUUUAUGAAUCCACAGCUGAAAGAAAUCGAGGUCUGGAGGCGCUGAUAGGUGCAGGAGACGGGAAGAGAAAUGGCUGCAUUGUCCCACUCUCGUCUUUUCGUGGGCAUUCAUUUAUUGUGGUUCUGCGCUCUUAUCUCAGAACAUGCAGCCAUGCCCUCUUCUCCAACCCGGCUUCAGCUUUUUCUCUCUUGUGGAUGAAAAGGAAACAAUAGGAAACAGGUAAAGGACGAAACCUUGAGGAGAAGCUGAGCAAAAGUAGAGAGAAGUAGAGCUGUAAGAGAAAUAUGCAAAAGCAAGUGCAAUGAAAGAAUUUGAUUUGGGCUCAUGGAAAGAUGAUGAUGCCAAUAGAUUUAGAGCUAAAGUAAAUAUCUGGCUUGAAUCAAGUCCUUUUGGUGGAAUAAACCACUAAAUCCUGACAAUCAACUCACUCAAAUAUUAAUGAUCUCAUGAUGAACGGAGAACGCCUAGUCGUUUUAGCUGCAGAUACUGAAUGACGUUAAUCUGACGACGCUGUGGUUGUACAAUGCCUCCAUCUAGUGAUCACGGUCUGCAGCUGUUCUCACAUCUGUGUCAUAUGUGCAUCGAUUAUCUUAGAGUUUUAUUUAAUUGUUUAUUGUUCUAACCAAAGAUCUUUUUUGUGGCGUUGCCUGAAACAAAUCGAGGCCUAUUCCUGCUAGAGAGGAAGCUAUCAUUUAGAGUUUUAUUUAAACCCUUGUCUAGCCCUUUGUUUAAACACUGGGGUAAGUGAUUGGAAGCAGAAAAGGCAAUAACAUUUGAGCUCACUGGAUCCUUUGCUUGCUUCAAAAGUCAAAUCCUUUGCCUGUACUGCACAUCUAAUCAUUAAACAGUAGAUAUUUGCAUCGGGACAGUUAACGCAUCUUAAAGCCACAUUGUUGUUUGUGUCUCUUAAACAGCUAUAGUCGUUAAAACGCAUCAGACCUGACUUAUUGUAUCGUUACUUUUUCCUUCUUUGGGCACUUUAACUUUGAAUUCAGGGAAGACAGGUUCAUUUUGUUCUUAACAUCUAAAACACUAUAAUCUUAGGCUCCACUUAUACAAAUGUAAGACAAACGUGAUGGUUUGAUUUUAAGCUUAUUUUAUUUUUUUGUCUCCAUGUGAUUUAAGUUUGCUGUAGACUGUGAAAUGUUUUGUUGAAUCUUGCCUCUGUACACACUAUGGACUGUUUAACAUUAAAGCGUCAUCAUCAUAGAAAAGGGCCAUUAGUAAAAUAGUUUGUGGUUACAAACAGGUUGAAAACAUGCUAUUUUAUAAAUGCUGUUACCUGCUUGUUUUCACAUUAUUCUCUAUACAAAAGCCUUAGAUCAGUAGUGUUAAUCUAUCUUAGUAUCUAAGGUUAAUAUUAUACCUGAUGUAUAUAUUGAGAUCUUGUUUAUGGCUGCAAGCAGAGACGAUGUAAACUGUCGACUGAACUUUGCUUAGAAAUACUAGUUUGACAAAAUUUUAUACUGUGUGGAUGUUGUCUAGUUUAAUCCCAGCUGUCAUGUUACUUUAUGUCUGCGUUUGAGUGAACUGUGAGUUUGGUUUUCAGAAAAUGCCAAAGAUCUGUGUGUAGCUCUGCUGCCAUUUACAUAUUUCCCCCCCCAUGAUGCUGUUUUUGUUUUUGUACGCUGAUAAGAUUGACAAUAGAUGCCCUGUCAACCAUCA